UGAGCAGCAGCCGAAGCAGCAGUAGAGCGGAGGCCCGUCCAUUGAAAGUCGGAAGUUGUCUUUUAGGUUGCAGAAACUUUACAAAAUGGCAGAGGACAACAGUUAUGAGUCGAUGCUGUGCGUGAAGCCAGAGGUGCAUGUUUACCGAAUCCCGCCGCGGGCCUCCAAUCGUGGAUAUCGUGCUGCUGACUGGAAGCUGGAUGAACCAGCAUGGAGCGGAAGGCUGAAAAUCACCGCCAAAGGCAAGAAUGCCUUUAUCAAGUUGGAGGACAGAAACACAGGAGAGCUGUAUGCACAAGCUCCAGUUGAACAGUAUCCAAGUAUCGCAGUGGAAGCCGUCACAGACUCCAGCAGGUAUUUUGUCAUACGGAUAGAGGACGGAACGGGACGUCAUGCUUUCAUCGGUCUGGGUUUUGCUGAUCGUGGAGACUCGUUUGACUUCAACGUGGCUUUACAAGACCAUUUUAAGUGGGUCAAACAAGAAGGCGAUCUCGCAAAACUGGAGGCGUCUCAGAGUGCAGCGCCUAAACUAGACCUGAGCUUCAAAGAGGGACAGACCAUCAAGAUCAGCAUCGGGAACAUCAAGAAGAAGGACGCAGGUGGUGCCAAACCGCGACCUGUCGGUGGGGGUCUGCUCCCUCCUCCUCCAGGAGGAAAACCAGGAGGCGUCCUGCCACCACCUGGAGUACUGCAGACUCUUCCAGUUGCACAGCCUAACACCGCUCCUGUGUUAGAUUUGGGUUCUCCCGUCACUGCCGCCCAGCCCAGCUCUGACAUGUGGGGGGAUUUUACAUCUGCUGGCUCCAACUCCAACAAAGAUGCUGCCAAAUCAGGAUGGGUGCAGUUUAGCUGAGCUGUAAGAAACAAAAAGGCCCCUCUCAGGUUCUUUACAUUCCUGCGGACAGGAUGAUUGUUGACCUAAAGAAACUUAGAAAUAGAGGAAGUGUUCGAAGAUUUCACAGCUUCCUCGCUGAAUUUUCUCUGUGAUACAGAACGGCCCGCUGACCAAACACACUUUAAAGGAACAGAUGUUAAAGUGGAUAUUUUUACAGCCCUUUUUCACUCUCUGCUAUGCAGUAGUUUACUUUUUAAAACAAGGGAAAAGUUGUCUCGUCACACUAACCAUGUAAGAUAUUUAUUCACUGCCUUUAAUGGACUGUUCCUUGGUUUUUCUGGUUUUGUGUUGUCAUUUCACUGAUCAUCUGCUCCCAAUCAGAUUUCAUCGUCUGUCUUUAAAACACCGAGGUUUAUUCUUCUGUCCCAGAAUGAUCUCGUCGCACCAACGUCGCUCAUCUCAAGCCUUUUGUUGGGAGAUAGUUGAAGUUUCCCUCGUUCCUUCAUCUGUAAAACUGCACCUCUGUACUUGUUUUUUUUUUUUUUUGUUCCUUGUUUUAAUAGAUCAUUAAAGAUCUCAUAAUAUUUGCUAAUCAGUUUUAGGUUAAAUAUACUCAGUUUCUUUUAAAUCAUCUUUGGGAUAAAAAAAGGUGAUUCUCUUUGCUUUGUUUUUAUCAUCAUGUUUUGUUCUUAUGCUUUAGUUUGUGUUCGUCCAAGCACCUCAUUUAUCUUUAAUCUUUCUGAAACGUACCUUUUACCCAAAUUGAAAUCCGCUUUUCUUUCCUUCUGAGUCUGAUCAAGUGCCUUCCUGGAAAGAGACCUAAAAUAUAUGUAAAAUGUAAAUAAACUGUAUAUUUCA